GUAGGACCCAUCGGAAACUCCAGCACCAGUCCGCAUCGAAACCCGAGAAGAACGCAAAGAAAGAAAGAGAAAAGAGAAACAAGAACAAGCCAAUUACAAGUUGGAGCAAGAUUUGGCGUUAUGGAAUCCCAAGAAAAACCCAAGUGCUACAUCAAAUCCAUAUAAUACCAUGUUCGUGGCGAGAUUAAAUUAUGAUACUAGUGAAUCAAAGUUGCGUCGCGAAGUCGAAGUUUACGGACGAGUUAAUCAAAUUGUGCUUGUAAAAAAUCAAAAGACAGGAAAGCCUCGUGGCUACGCUUUCGUGGAAUUCGAACAUGAAAGAGAUAUGCAUGGCAAGGGUCUUGGUAAAAAUCGAUCUGGACCAGCUGAAAAACCAAUCAAGUCAUCCAGCAAGCACGAAAAUGGAAAAGAACCAAGCGGUUUCGGCAGUCGGCGAUAUGAACGAACCUCCGGAUAUAGCCGAGAUAAGGACUACGGUCGAAAGCGCCGGAGCCGGUCAAGAAGCCGUUCCCACGAUCGCGAACGUCGCCGCAGCCGUAGCCGUGAUCGCCAUCGCAGACACCGCAGUCCUGACCACGACAGAGGCUACAAACGCGGUCGAGAUCGGGGGCGUGAUGACAUGAUGCGCCAGUACGGUGAAUAUGGUGCCGAAAUCCGUGCGGAAUACAACGGAGACAUGUGA